GAGCGAGGAGCCUUUGGUCCGUCGGAAUUGAGGGGAGGCUGACAGAAUGUUGCCGAGAACAGUCCCGGGCAAGUGAGCGGUGUCCGAGCGCAGCCAUGGGCGCGGAAGGCAGCGGGAGGGAGGAGAUGCUGGAGCUGGCGACCGAGGCUUUCCGGGCGAGGGAUUUCCAGCUGGCCGCUGAUAUUUACGAGUGCCAGCUGCGGGCGAUCCGUGCCGGCCAGGAGGACGAGCGGGACGAGCUGAGGCUCAAGCGUGCCCACUGCUUGGCUCUCGGGGGCCGGCUGGCCGAAUCUCUGGAGGAGUACAAGCUCCUGUCGCAGCAGGGCAUCCUCCGACCGCAGCACCUGGAGGUUCUGGUCGAGCGGCUGGCGGAGGCAAUGAGGUCCAGCCAGGGUUGGACGGACGGAGAGCAGCCUGCCAGACGCUUGCUGAGUUGCCUGAAGUGUACGGGCACCCUGUACGAGCCGGUCACCCUGCAGUGCGGCCACACUUACUGCAGGAACUGUCUGGAGAGAGAGCGAGAAGGUACCAGAGCCCCGUCAACUCACUGCAAACUUUGCAAAGACAAACUCCACGCCUCCGGCACCUACAGAAUCAACGUGGUUUUGAACAGUUUCUUAAACAAGUACUUCCCGGCAGAAACCAGAGCACUAACUCUUAGGCACGAAGGAAACGUCUUGUACAAGAAUAAGAAACCACAGGCUGCCUUAGAGAAGUACCGCGAAGCCAAUGCGUUAGCACCCAAAGACCAUUUGCUACUGAGCAACCGUGCACAAAUUAAUGCAAGUCUGAGACAUUUUGAAGAUGCAUUGCAUGAUGGAAAUGCUGCCUGCAACCUGCAACCCACCUGGUCCAAAGGUCACCUGAGAAAAGCACAGGCCUUUGCUGGACUGCAGAAAAUGGACCAGGCUUUGAAAGAGUAUAUAAUUUGCAUCGCUUUAGAUUCAGAAAGUAAAACUGCAAAAUUGGAAGCUCAAAAGGAAAAGAUAGAUACAACAGACAUUGGAGUCAGGAAAGAAUGGAAGACUCACACAUGUGGUAAUUUAACCAACGCUGUUCAAAUGAUGAGUGACAAUAAAGAUGCCCUGAAGAAUUCAUCCACCCCGCUAGCCUUGACUAGUCCUGAACAAAAGAACACACAGAAAAGGAAAUGUGACCUCAUUAAUGACGAUAAGGCUGAAAUAAUCGAAGGAAACAGCAAAUGCUUCAGGCGAGCUCGAACACAGAGUCCCAGCAGAGACCACGAUACCCAAUCAGAUCUUGUGGAUCCCCUUGACCUGGAGUGUUCCCUGUGUAUGAGGUUACUCUAUGAACCCAUCACCACACCAUGUGGACACACCUUCUGUUUGAAAUGUAUCGAGCGUUGUAUGGACCACAGUCCAAAGUGCCCUCUUUGUAAAGAAGUCCUACCCGAGUAUCAGACACUGAGGAAGUACAGCAGGACUUCGCUAAUAGAAGAGCUCAUUGCCCAUUACUUGCCAGAGGAGCUUGCUGAGCGGAAAAGGGUGAACGAUGACGAGAUGGCAGAGUUAUCAAACCUCAACAAAGCAGUGCCCAUCUUCAUCUGCACCAUGGCGUAUCCGAAUGUUCCCUGCCCGCUACAUAUCUUUGAGCCUUGUUAUCGACUGAUGAUUCGAAGAUGCAUGGAGUUCGGCAACAAGCAAUUUGGGAUGUGCAUGAGUGAUCCAAUUAAGGGCUUUGCGGACUAUGGCUGUAUGCUGGAGGUCAGAAGCGUGGAGUUAUUUUCAGAUGGACGCUCGGUGGUGGACACAAUCGGCAGACGAAGGUUUAAGGUCUUACACCAGAGUGAGAGGGACGGCUAUAGUACAGCUGAUAUUGAAUACCUCGAGGAUGAGAAGAUGGAGGGAGAGAGCUAUACCGAACUUCUCAGACUGCACGACGCAGUUUAUGAUCAAGCGUACAAGUGGUUUAGCUCACUCAAGCAAGGACUGAAGACUCGAAUUUUGAGCCACUUUGGACCAAUGCCACGGAAGGAUACUGAUAUACAGGCAAGUCCCGAUGGUCCAGGAUGGUGUUGGUGGCUGUUAGCAGUGCUGCCAUUAGAAAACCGGGCUCAGCUUCCAUUCCUGGCGAUGACAUCUCUCCAAGACCGCCUGAAUGGCAUCCGACGUGUGUUGCUGUUCAUGUCUCGCAAUUGUCCGCGAUGACUAUCUACCCAGCCUGGGUCUUGGACCCUGUCUACAGGGUGAUGUUGCCACCACACAAGUGAAAUUUUCGUACAUUCAUGUCUUACUGGAACAGCCCUUGAAAGGAUCCACGUAGCAAAGGGUGUACUACCAGGCCAAUGUGAAGUGUUACUGGUAAUAUAAUUUAGUACUGGAGUCCCAGUACUUUCUAUUACAGCCUGAAUCCCAGUGAUAUUAUAUUAUUUUGAGAGUAUAUAUUUUUGUUAAGUCAUAUGUAUAUUUAUGGAUCAAUAUUUUUGUUUAAUUUUUAUGCUUUCUUAUCUAUUUAGAAUUCAAUUUGAGUAAUAUGCAAACUAUAAUACUGUUUGAAAUGAUUCAAGGACAUGUAGAGGGAAAUGCAAUAUUAAAAUUUGGGAUAUGGUACACUGUGGGGCACACAUCUGCAUGCAGCCCUUCUCUUUGAAUGAAUCUUAAAACCUGCUUCUGGCUGCCACAACUGAUAUUUUAAUAGGACAUAGAAUAUUACAGAACAGUAAAGGCCCGUCGGCCCACAAUGUUGUGACGAACUUUUGACCAAGUGUAAGAUCAAUCUAACCUUUCCCUCCUACCUAACCCUCCAUAUUUCUAUCAUCCAUGUGGCUGUCUGAGAUUUUCUCAAAUACCCCUAGUGUGUCUGCCUCCACCAGCACUCUAGGCAGAGCAUUCCACACACUCUCCACUCUGUGUAAUAAACACUUGUACUAACAUCCCCCCUCCCCAUACUUUUCUCCAGUCACCUUAAAAUGAUGCUCCCUUGUAUUAGCCAUUUCUGCCUUGGGGAAAAAAUCUCUGACUAUCCACUCGAUCUAUGCCUCUUCUCAUUUUGUACAUCCCCACCAAGUCACCUCUCAGUCUCUUUCACUGAAAGAGAAAAGCCCUAGUGCGCUCAACCUGUCCUCAGAAGACAUGCUGCCUAAUCCAGGCAGCAUCUUGGUAAAUCUCAUCUGCUCCCUCUCUAAAGCUUCCACAUCCUUCCUAUAAUGAGGGGACCAGAACCGAACAUAAUACUCCAAGUGUGGUCUAACCAGAGUUUUAUAGAAAUGCAACAUUACCUCAUGGCUCUUAAACUCAAUCCUCUGACUAAUGAAGGCCAACUCAUCAUGCCCUUCAUAACUGUCAAGUCAUCUCCCCGCUCUCCUUCGCUCCAAACAGAAAAGCCCUUGCUCAACCUAUCCUCAUAAAACCUGUUCUCUAAUCCAGAAACAACUUGUACCAACCCAUUCUGAGCCCCCCACAAUUUCCCCAGUUAAAACAUGAUUUAAAUAUCUUUAGUGGUCAAAAGAAGCACCUGUCUUCCAUAAGUGUCAUUAUGCCCAUCAUCAGAUAAUGGCCAAGUCUUGGGAAUGUUUGCUUUUUUUUCUACUUGAAGAGAUGUUGCACCUUAUCUUGUUAUAUUAUCAGUAACAUUCAGUUUAACCUGGUUUUGUUUGAGUUGAACAUUCCGUCCCAUGCGUGUUUUCAUUAAGCCAAAGUAAAGAUAUAUUUAUUUAUUAUCUUAUUUUUGCAGCAAUCUAUGUAGUGUGUGUUUGAUGUGUGAAAUAAUUACCCUGCUGUUCCAAUGAUAACUCAAUUCUUCUGUUAUUGUCUAAGUGAAACUCUUGGGCUCAAAACACUAAAGUGGAUUAGUAACAGAAGUUUUAAUUUGCAUUCUAAUUAUAUAGUGUGUCAUUUGGUGUGUAUGUUUUACAAAUGCUGCAUCAAAAUCAUAAUUAUAAUUUGGAUGUUUUAUGCAGUUAAGGGAUUUAUUUUGCCUAAACACGACCUUGAUAGUCAAUGCCUCUAGCCUUAAUAACUAUUAAUUCCAUCUCCAACUUGUAGUGAAUCUUGAUUAUCUUAGGUGAAUUUCAAUUGAUCCUACAAUCUUUCAUGUCUGAAUGUAACAAAUAGCCUUGGUGUAAAUACUUUGUGCUGUGAAGUUAUCUUGUGGGAGGGGGUGUUAUGUAAGAGGUAGAGGCCAAGUAUUUGGCGCUGGUUUAUUCUGGGGUAUCUCACCAUCACCAGUCACAUUUGGAUUAAGCAAGACCAGGUUGCAGAGUACCGUUAGAAUCAAAGCCUGCAUUAUUUGCAUGUGCGCUGUGUUCUGCGAGCACUCAGUGUGAGAUUUUGAUCGUUGAGAGUAAUUGAACAGAGCAGAGCAAACAAUUUUCAUCACUACAUUUUUUGCUUCCAGAUGAGCAUUUUGAGGUGAUGGUUUAGCAAGGAAAGCAACUUAGUGGCUAAUUUCAAUUAAACAACGUGCCUAUUUAAUCCAUGUUUAACUAAAACUAUUCAUGUUGACAUUUCAGUUAUCCUCCUUGUCUAAUGUUUCCUCCCCCUAGAACAGCUUGCUUUUCCCAAAAUAAAUGUAAUUUGCGUUGAAAGGAAAUAGAAGUUCCAGAAUUACUCCUUAUUAUUAUCUUCUAUUCUUUACAAACAAUGGCCUCGUGUAAUGCUGAGCUACGUAUUCUGUUAACGAUGAGCAACUGAAGUUGAUUAAAAAAAAUUGCCCUUUCAUCAUAGAAUUUUGUUCUCCUACCGUGUACGAACGGCUACGUUUUUUAUGUCACGUAGAAUUCAAUAGUAAAUGAAAACUAUGAGGUUGACACUCCAGACAAGAUGGUCCUGGCCAAAAAUAGGUGCACAGAGGUGUGUGAGGAAGUGGAUCACACCAUUUCACCAUGAAGCAACUUGGGUUCACAAAGUAAAUAAAGGUGACGGAGGUUUAUGGUCGGUCUUAAACUAUCCAGAAAAAUAAAGAUGUAGUAUGCUUUGACCCAUGUUGUGAGGACAGGAAUGGACCAUUUAGCCGCAUGACCACUGCUUAUUUAAAUUUUGGCUGAUUUAGGAAUAGCUUCACCUUGGUGUCAUAAUCCUUGACAGCACUACUAAACUAAAAUGAUUUUUUUUUUGCCAUCUACCGCUGAUUAACCCCUCCUGAGUCUCCCCCACCCAAUCUCUCACACAUACACUCUUACAAUGACACAUGCAUACACUCAUUCAGACUUGCACUCUGAUUUUACACGUACACACUAAACCACAGGCUCUUACAAACACACUCACGUACCCAAGCACAAUCCACAUUCUCGCACUCUUACAUACGCUCAUAUGCACGCACGUACAUACAUGCGUACAGUUUCAAUGGCACUCUCUCAUGCACACACAUACAGAUGUUAACUAGUCAAAAGCAUAUUUUGGGAGGAAGAGUUCCUGAUUUUCAAUUCACUUUUCUUGAAGACCUUACCUUUUUCUUUUGUACUGUGUCACCAGAAGAAAUAGUUUCUACAUCCUCUAAUGUUUUUUGAUCAACUUUAACUCGGAGGUCUUCCCUUUUUGUGAGAACACAGAAUUUGAUGAUCUUUCCUUCCCCAUUCACCAUUCCGUCAAGAUCGUUCGAAGCGAUGUAGAUUCUAAGCCCUUCACUAGUUCAUGUCAUGUUCUGGUGUUGAGUUUCACGAGUUAACCAUUCGGGUCCUCCCCAGAUUACAGACACCCUAUUUAUGAGCAGUUGAUGAGAGAGCAAGUGGGAUGGAUGGGGAUGGGUUAUACCAUGGGAUCGGAGGCAUCUUCUGCUGGGGGGAGAGAGGUUGCUCCUGCAACAAUAGCAGAGACCAGCAGCUUGCUGUUUUGAUCAGGGCAAAGCUUUGUCCAAAUGUCAGAAAGGAAGGAAAAGAGUGAAGGAGCUAGUAAUCUCUAGGGAUGAAACACCAGCAAUACCUUCUAUCUAUAAGUUUACAUUUGAAAGAGCUCCACCUUCAUAGAGCCUUCACUGUACAGAGGGAGGUCAUUUGGCCCAUAAAGUCCAUGCCUUUUCUAAUUCAGUUGUCACCACUCAACUAUCAACUUCAGCCUCAUUUUCUAUCAAAUAUCCAUUCAGUUGAAAGAGCCUGAUGGGCCAUGUCUCUGCUACCUAUAGAGCCAGUUAGCUUUCAGAUAGAUCAUCACUUCUCUCUGUAUUUAACAAAAAAGGUUUUCCUCACAUCUCUGCCCCUAUCUUUUCCCUUUCACCUCAAGUUGUUUCAGACCUUUUUCUGCCAACAGACUAUAGAUGCUGUCAGGAUAAUUUUCUUUGCUCAGAACAUUCAUGUUGGGUAUUGCCAUCAAGGAAGAUAGAGCAAAGGUGGCUAAAUUGAUUUGAGGUACAUGAUCAUCUUGGAUGGCGGACUAGCUUUGAGGGUCUUCUCCAUUCCCUAACGUUUCUUAUUAUUUCUUUGAUAAGUAGGAAACAAAAGAGUAGCUGUGUCCUGAAGGUUUCGUGACUCAAUGCUUCCUCAAGAUUAUAGUGGCUUAUGUAAAACUGUAGAACUAUUCCUGUGAAACUGAAGACGUUGAGUGUCAUUAUGCCUACUGUUGUCUUGGUGACUUGUCCCACAUUCUCAGCAAUGUUUCUGGUUUGCAUUUUAAUGGAGAUACUCGUGAAGCAAAUGUUUAAAUCAACAAAGAUUUGGAAGUGCAAUUAAAAUUAAGUGUUUGUGAUGAUUAUGGUUAACACAACCAUGCCGUUAAAUAAAACUGUGUUUAACCUGUG